CGUUUUUCCCUGUUAGAUUUCAUGGGCACUUUUAAAUGAAUUCAAUAUUAUUCGCGUCAUAAAAUGCGUGACUGUUGCUAAAAAUAUUUCUUUCCUAAUCUUGUCUUGUAUUUUGAUUUACUAGUUCCAAGUAACAAGUUCACAACUUAACAUAGAGGCCAAGAAGGAACCAUGAGCUUGAAAAGGUUCAAGUUUGUCACUUUGGCUGUAGUGGCAGUGGUGACUGUGGUGUUGACGCAAUCCUCGGACUGUUCAGACUCGUCGAACCAGAAACGUUCAGGUUUAUAUGGAGCCGUCGCCUCCGAUUCCGAAGUGUGCUCGAAGAUCGGUGCUGACGUCAUCCGUGACGCCGGGACGGCCAUUGACGCGGCCAUAGCAACGCUGAUCUGUCUUGGUCUUAUUCAUCCCCAUUCUUCAGGAAUUGGUGGCGGAGGGUACAUGUUGCUGUAUAAACGAGCCACCAAGACUGCGACAUAUUUGGAUUUCCGAGAAACUGCCCCUGGUGCAUCGACACCUGAUAUGUUUGUGAAGAGAAGCUGGAAGAGUAUAAAGGGUGAGUGUUGAAGGCAGGGCGGGGUUAAGGGAACUGUACAUUGUACCUAUAUGAAGAACUGGAAACACUGAUGACUGGUGGGGGUUUUUGUCUCCACCACACAUUCCAGUAUAGCGUGCAAAGUUCAUGAAUAGAUCUUCGGUAAAUUUAAUUAGAUACUUGGAUCAUGUUAUACGGAAUUCUGGUAAACAUCUGGCCCAAGGAAAUUUUAAUUUAUGCCGUUCUAUUAUUUUUCUUAUUUAGGUGAACUGUCAGUCGCUGUGCCAGGAGAAAUACUUGCUAUGUACAAUGCAUGGAAAACACAAGGACAUUUACCAUGGAAACGACUUUUUCAACCAACUAUUGACCUGGCGAGCAACGGUUUCAAAAUUGACGAACCAUUGGCGAAGGUUAUCAAAAGUACCACAAAAGACAUCUUUAAAGAAAAAGGUUUCAGGUACGUUUGCUUUGAAUCUUUAGUCAGCAUACUUUACAUUAAAUACCCUAUUUUCAGGAAGAUUGUGCUAAUAUUAAACACGGAGUAAGUGGCAUCUCCCCAGAUUAAAGGCUAGUUUAUAGUAUCAAAGUUCCUUGAGGGAACUGACUCAGAGUUAAUCAGUAAGUCAGUUCGCUCAAAUGUCUUGGAAAUCCUUCAAAAAAUUGAAUUUACCUAUGAAAAUAGGGUGGGAUCACAGAAACAUUGAUAGUUUAAACCAUCCUUAAAAUCCACCAAUUGUAUAAAAGUUUCUGUUGUGGUUCUCGUUAUACAGUUGCCUGAUCAUUGGAGGCCGAAUAGAUAGUUGUAGUGGACACAAAAAAUAUUAAAAUUGUUUAAAACUUACGACAUUUCUGGAAAAAUCUAACAACUGUUUGGUAGUAUUAAGAGUUGCAAGAGACGCAUUAUAAUCUUGAGUUAAUAGUAAUUGCAGUCAUAAGCUUUGGUAUGUGCGCAUGUUGCACAUGCUGUUUUGCGCAUGCUGCAGGACCAGGGUAUCGCACAAUAGUACUAUGUCUUGUUUCCACUUUUGCUCAUAGUCAUUUGUAGCUUAGUAUUUCGUGCAAUCUAACAUUUUUAAUAUGUCCACAAAGAGAAGUUUACUUCCAUGAAGAUGGAACACCAAGGAAUGAAAGCGAGAACAUAACAGACCCAGUUUUUGCGAAAACCUUGACAGAGCUUGCAGAGGAUCCUUUCAGCUUCUAUAACGGCUCAAUCGCCAGAGCAAUCGUCAAAGACAUUCAGGACCGUGGUGGGAUACUGACUUUGGAAGAUUUGCAAAAUUUUAAAGCAACAACACGACGUGUGCUGUCGAGCUUUGUGAACGAUGACAUUUUGUAUACGACCUCAGCUACAUCGAGCGGCUCUACCUUGAUUAUGAUACUGAACAUUUUGAAAGGUCAGUUCCUCCUAAAAAUGUUACUAACGCGGUAGAAUAUUACUCUGGUUUCAAACUAUAGACCAGAAAGGCCGGAUAACCUUUACAAUGGAACUCGAGGAAGGUCAGUUAAGAAUUGUGUAUAUAGCUAUCCAGUAUUACUAAAGUUAGUUAAGUUUAGGAUUCCUCCUGUAGUAAUGUACACUAGGUCAAUAAAGGAUGUCCCUGUCCGAUUCUGUUUGUUUCGGUACGGUUAAAGCCAGUUUUCCACUUCGACCGUAUCGUAGCGUACCGUAGCAUUUUCUUUUUUGUCGAAGUCAUUAGUUCCACACUACCGCUCAGGAAACAAAGAAAUACGCUACGUUUCGAUACGAUACGAUUGAAGUGGAAAACCGGCUUAAGUUCAGUUUUUUGAACUUGUAUGGUAACACAGUUAUGCUUUCUCUAUUUAGGAUUCAAGUUUACUCCAGACUCUAUAUCCGCCAACAAUGUCGUACAAACAUGGCAUCGUAUCAUUGAGGCAGUCAAGUUUGGCUAUGCAUAUCGACCAUUUCUCGGUGACCCGGAUUUUCAUCCAGAAGUUGAAGAGGUUGGUAAUGUACAUAUUUCCCGGAUUUUAGUCAAGACCGCUGUUUCAGCUUUUUUGAUAAUUACCUUCGCCAAAGCUUCACGUAUUUACGUAGGUUCAUUGCAGAUUUUGUAAACAAGGCAUUUUAUAAUUAAGCAAACAGUUCUCUAAGUGUGCCCCCCCCCCCCGCCCAUUUCUGUUUAAUAUGCUUCAGGUAACACCAUUCAUUGUAAUGGUUAAGAUUGUACUCAGGCAGAACUGCAAAACUAUAUAUAACAAGCCGCUCGAAAGAGCGUUCCCUUUUGGGUCUAUCUAUAGAACCUGUCCCCUGUUGCAAAAUUGCGGUGUGCCAAGUUUAGCUCUGCACCGCUACCAUAGCAGAUGGUUUUUUAAUCUAAUAAUAAAUAUCAAUGCCCAGCAUAAUGUCCGUAUAAUAAUAGCCAUAACAAAGAGAAAUUUUCAUAAAUCCAUGUCAAAUCAACCACUGGCGAUAAUAAAUUCUCCGAGUGACCCCUUUCCACGCCAAAAUCUCAUAUCUUGUCAAUAAAACAUUUUUAUAAAAGGUAACAAGCGUGUCAACAAGUUGUAACAAUGUUAUCAUUUUAUCAAGUAGCUAGUACUUGUUUGGUAUUAACAACUCGCGAACAAGUUAUUGAAUUGUAGGACGAGAAGAAGUUUAGAUAACUUGUAACAGGUCUGUCAACUGAACAGCUUUGUAACAAGUUGUCAACAGUAGUAGCGGAAUGGGGGAAUAAAUGGCUACAGUACCCCGGAUAUAACAGUGGGGUUAUCCCCCCCCCAACCGCCCCUCCCCCUAAAAAAAACAAAACUAAAAAACCACCAAAACAAUCAGAGUAAACAUUUUGAAAAUUGUAUUUAAUUUUUAAAAUUCUACUUAAAUUCUAAUUAGAAGAAAUCAAAGAGAAGCGAUAGGUGCUAAAAUUAUAAAUAAGGAAAUAUGUUAAUUUUGGGAAAAAAAUUUAAAGCCUGGCCCACUGUCCCCAAUAAUUCUUGCUGGACAUUAUUAUCAAAUAUGUUGGACAAUGUCAUUAACCGUCCGGAGAAUUUAUAGAAAUUAGCGCCUCCUCAUGGAAACAGUUCCAUUGGCACUGGUUAUUAACAAGCCUUUCACAAAUUUUCAACAAGCUGAGAACAUUCACGCAUCUUGAUAACAAGUCGUUGAAACAGUGUCGGUACAAAUCUGUUGCAGGUUUGCUACUGGUUGUGCUGUUUUUCCGGUUUAGUUUAUGAAAGUAUCUUUGGCUUUUUCAGAGUAUAGAUCUUCAGAUUAAUGCUACUUAUGCUGAAGAAUUACGUCAGAAGAUAUGGGACAACACCACACACGAUCCCUUGUACUAUGGAGGAUUUUACGAUCCAAUGCCAGAUUUUGGUACGACACAUUUAUCUGUGAUUGGUCCUACUGGUGAUGCUGUGUCUGUCACAAGCACCCUUGGACGAUAGUAAGUUUCUCUUUCAAAUGAAAUACUUUUUUUAUACUGGAUAGAUCUGUCAGUUCUAAACUGUUUUCCCCAGAGGUCCAAAUAAGGAUUAUAAUUGUCUUACCUAUCGUAGAUAGCUUGAUUUGGCAAACAUGGUUAAAUAAAGGUUUCACUUAUAUAGAUACAGAUACAUAUACACACACAGGGGUAUGCUGCAGCAAGCGACAUUAUGACUCCAAAACACCCCUGUAUGUGAAGACACUAUACUGCGUGUGUUGAAACGUUGAGUUGCAAGCGUAAUCUUUACCUAUAAUUAACCAGAAUAGCGAAACAUAUUUGAUAUGAAACGUGGCUGGCGUAAAAAGUUUUUUCAUGUUGUUUGCUGCUGAAUUGUGACUAAUGUGUUUGUUAUACUAUUUUGUUACAGCUUUGGCGCAAAGAUUCGUUCAUACAAGACAGGGAUAGUUUAUAAUAAUCACAUGAGUACCUUCUCUUUACCCAACACAACCAAGUCCUAUCAACCCAAACCUUCAAAAGCCAACUACAUCGAGCCAGGAAAACGUUCUGUCUCCACCGCUUGCCCCACCAUUGUGGUGGAUAAGGAUGGAUCGGUAAGGAUGGUUGUGGGAGGAUCGGGUGCUUUAAGGAUCACAUCUGGUGUACCCAUGGUAAGGAAUUAGUAUUAGUUAACCUAAAUGUCAGGCCUUUCGAAAAUAAAGCCCUGAGGCGUCAAAAGUAUGUGCCGCCCACUUUGUUAUUUUUAAACAUUUGAGUGGAUGAUGUACUAUUUAAAACACGAGCAGGAGUGCUUUAUAUAACAGAACAUCCUUCUGAAGCAGAACAUCCUACUUAAACACAUGCGGAAAAAAAUUUUGGAUUUUGAUCAACAAAUAUGGAAGUAAGCGUUAACACGAGAACGAGGCUUCAGGUCAUGACCUGGAGCCUCGUUUUCUUGUUAAAGAUUAUUUCCACAUUUAUUGGUAAAAAUAAAUUUCUUUUUCAUGCAUGUGUUGAAGAGGGAUGUUCUGCUUCUCUGUAAAUAGCCCACGAGAAAAAAACUUGAAAUCCUUUCCAUUUAAGAUGGUCCUAAGUUGAAAACGAUGUAGUCGUGACGUAAUUAUCGAUAGGGUGUAUUGCCCAAGCAUGCAUGCAGUUAACAUGUCGUUUUCUGGACCGGCACAUGAUACGGUUUUGACCAAUCGGCAAACAGGAAAAUUGAACUUUCACAAUUGCUGUAUAAUAAUUAAACUUGAAUUGUUUAUUUCAGGUAAUAAUGAACAAACUCUGGUUUGGAUUAAGUCUGGAAAAAUCAAUAGACCGCCCUCGCCUGCAUCAUCAGCUCUUUCCUAAUAUAAUCUACUAUGAGAGAAAUUCACCAUACAGCGUUCCUAAGCCUGUUCGCGAUGGUCUCAAGGCACUUGGACACGAGUUGCGUUGGUCGAAUAGGUAUUGUGCAAUACAAGGCGUCUAUAGGAAUGAAUCGGGGCAAUUGUAUGGCAAAUCUGACCCAAGAAAAACUGGAGUGGCUGUUGUAUUGCAAGCUAGAAACGUCGUGUUAUAUUCAGGUAAAGACAAAUCUUGGUUUUUUGUCGCGUACUCUGCCAUGCAUGUAUUGGAUUUUAAUUUUCAUACUAUAAUUCACGCCGAAAACUGCAUAAAUUACGUUGUUAUGUAUAAUAAUUCAUACUGUAGUUGCUCUGCGUCCGCCAUCUUGGACUUGACAUUUUUUGAAUAAUUUUGAAUUAAUUAUGCAAAAUGCUGCGGCAUUAAGCCUGGUUCACACGAUGAAAUAAGCAUAAGUACAAGCAGCGGGACCUUGUUGCGUUCUUCUUAUGCUUAUGCUUACCGGUUUAUGCACAUCAAAGGUUCCGCUGCUUGUGCUUAUGCUUAUUUAAUCGUGUGAACCAGGCUUUAGUGUUGAUUGAUCGCAGACUGUUUCUCCGCCUCUCCAGGGAAGGCUGGCUGAAAUCAGUCUGCUAUCGCAGACUACCUGGUAUAUGCAGUUUGUGAUCAUAUUUCACCUCAGUUCCAUGUGAGAAGAGUGCUUCCAGUUUAACUCUACCAAGUAUUGCAUGUUUCGACCAAUUCUAGACUUUUUCUAGAUAUUCUCGUGCCACCUCUUGAGUGGGAAGGAGGGGGGGGGGCGUUGCUAGGGUGUGGAGGGUCCUGAAAACAUGUAAUUAUCAGCAAAACAUGAAUUGGAUAGGAAGGAAAAGAAUUAUAAUGUGGUUGACAUUCAUUAAAAAGUAAUAGUUGUGGCAAAUAUUUGGAGAAAUUUACGAAACAUUUUACGAAUAAAUUCAUUAGUACUCCUUGAAACACAAGCAGGAGUGCUUUAUCGGAUAUAAAACACUGUACUGACAGCCGAGUAUAUUUAUUAUAUCUGAUAAAGCACAGACGGCUAGUGUUUUAAAUGGCUUAAAGGACAACAGAGUUCAUUGGCGAAGUAAUUUUAAGAAUAAACGUUGUCGAAGCCGAGAAAUUGAAAGCUAAGUUUUUUGUGAAUUAACAUGAUUUUUAUCACCUAUAAAACCACAGACCCGGCUGUGAUUUCGUUUGUCUUCUCCUCAUAAAUUAUUGAGUUUUUUAAAUCAUCUACAAUCAUUUUAAGGACAACCACCAACAACAUUUCCAACAUCAAAAGCAAGGAACAAAACAGGUAAAACACCAAUGCCGUUAAUUUGAAGUUUACUUUACGUGUGAAGCAGCCAAAGGUUUAUCCAAGUACUGCAUGCUUCGACCAAUUCUAGAUCUCUACGGCCUAGGACUAGGAAUUAAGGGGUGUGGUUCAGUAAUAGUGGGUGUGCAGUCGUAUGCUGUUGGCGGGCAUGAGAUACCGGCUAAUAAUAUACCGCGUGUUAUUUUAUUAAUUAAGACAGAACUGAUACUGGUAUCCAAUAUAAAACUUAGUUGAUAUAGCUACGUACUGUAACUGUUUCACAGUAUUUUCCCCAGAACAUUAAUGACUACGUACGUGCAAUGAAUAUACAUUCCUUGGCUCUUAUGGAACUCAAUAUCAAUGCAUGCAAGUGCAUAAUAAAUCGAUCACCAAAUUUUCAUUAUAAUUAAUCAGACAUUGAUUUACGAAGUUAAAUUUAAUCGGAUCUACAAUGCCAAUGAAAUCCCAAUUUAAAAGAUAGUACAUGCAGUCAUGUACAGUAAAAUACACUUUCGUGCCACUUCUUCAGUUCAUUUAUUUGGAAUUCACUUUUGGAAUUCACACUGUUUCAAACACAAGCACGAGUGGUUUAUCAGAUAUAAAACACAAGGUGACAGCCGAGUAUCUUUUAUCCGAUAAAGAACAGACGGCAGUGUUUUUAAUAAAUGGCUUUAUGUAAAUUAACCUGCCUUUUUUAUCACCUAUAAAACCACCGACACGGUAGUAAUUUUAUUUUUCUUUUCUUCGUGAAUUAUUAACUUUUUUUAAUUAAUCAUCUACGAUAAUUUUAAGGACAACCACCACCAACAUUUCCAACAUCAAAAGCAAGGAACAAAACAGGUAAAACACCAAUGCCGUUUAUCAUUUGAAGUUUACUUUAUUAAUUACGUGUGAAAGCAGCCAAAUAAUUGCAAUCGUCAGGUUUAUCCGCAAGACACGAAAGCAAUUGUAACAAAUGUUCAAUCUACUUGGGAACGUUAUACAACAUUAUGUACUAUUUAAAACACGAGUAUAGGAGGGUUUAUCAGAUAUAAAACGCGAGGCACAGCCGAGCGUUUUAUAUCUGAUAAAACACGACAACGAGUGUUUUGAAUAGCUUAAUUAAAAUACGACUACAAAAGAAUACUAAUUAGUGCCCAGCAGAAAAUACGUAAAAGAGCCAUAACAAAAAUGUAGUUUAAAAUAUUUAUUAAAAAUCUAACGUUUCGUCUUUAACUUAAGACAUCUUCAGAGCAAUGACAUACAAAGCGGAAAACAUAGAAAUAUGAAUAAAUUUCAACUAUUUACAAGAUAUUAUAUUACAAAAGUAGAAAAAGUAGUGGAUCAGAGUAGAACUAGAGGGACCGAACUGCCUUGUAAGUUGCAUGGGAGAGGGUUUGAGUUUGUUAAUGAGAAGACUUUCUCGAAUGAGGACUCCAAGUUCACGUGUGAUGAAUGAGAUACUUUGUUUCUUUCACAUGUAAAGUGUUCCAAUUCCAUAUCUGAAUUUCACAUGUGAAAUCGUACAUGAAAUUUCCGUAAUGAUUCCUUCCUAUAUGUUGAGUUUUGUUCGAUCCCAUGUUCGCAUUCAGAAAAAUAUGUUUAAGCACCUCAAAGUAUGUGAAAUAAACUCGGCUAACGAUCGUUGUUCGAUCCCAUGUUCACAUUCAGAAACAUAUGCCUUGUUUCAUAGAAGCCUCUGGGAGACACUCAUGAGCCACUGGCUUGGGUGAAUUUGGCAACUACACCCUCUGUAAUAAACAUUAAAUAUCUCGUUGUCAAUUAAUCAAAUAAACGAAUGACUAACUCAUUGGUGUUUUUUUCUCAGGUGGAACACAUACAAGUUAUCACAAAAAGAAAGGCAGUCUGGGCAAGGGUGCCAUUGUUGGGAUAGUGCUUGGGUUGUUGAUAUUGGUAGUGAUUAUUAUUGGUGCCAUAUACUGGUUCAAAUUUAAAUCUAAAGAAAGUAAGUGAUUUUACGCUUCAAUCACAAUCUUGAACGGUCUGUGCCAGUGUAGAUAAUGCCAAUAAUAAGAAAGCUUCGGAUUGAUAUAGGGAUGCAACUACCUGAAAAAUACAAGGAGAACUUCGAAAUUUGGAAGAAAAGUUCUUCUUGCAUUUUUCAGGUAUAGUUGUACUUCUCUACCAAUCCGAAACUAUCUUAAUAAGUCCAUAAGCUGCUCAUUUCUAUUUUGUUAAUUAAACUCCCUAUUGUGAAAUCCCUGAGGACAAACUGAAAACAUACGAUAAAAAUGACCUCUAAAUUAUUAUAUAACGGGAAGUUAAAAAAUCGUGCAUAAUGAACAAACUACAAACUGGUUGUUCAGCAUGAAUAAUGAAAAUAGUGAAGAUGAAGAUCUGUUCCGAAGAUUCGACUGUCUAUUGUGAACAUGUGUCUAUAUAGCUUUUCAACACUUGCUUCUAUUUCACUUCAGCUGGGAAACUUACCGCGGACGUACAUAACUUGAUGAAUGGGAAAUAUUUGCACAAUAAACGAGCAUAUAAAAUACAGAAAAGUUGUGAUGAACGAGACGUUAGCCGAGUUUAUUUCACGUACUUUCGCCCGUAUUCUAAAAGCUCACUCACACUCAAAGUGUACAGGAGGUCCAAUCUGAGCUUCCCUUGAGUGUUAAUGCUGUUUUUGAAUGCUGCAGGAGGCUUAGUCUUGUACCUUACUAUGUGACUACUCACUCUCCAGCUAUUCAAAAACAGCACUGACACUGAAGGGAAGCUCAGAUUGAACCUCCACUCUUUGAAUGUGAGUAUACGGGCGUUCUGGGUGUUUUAUACGCCGGUAAUAAACAGCUUUCGAGUCUAUAGUUAAAUAAUUUCUCAAACGGACUUGUAGUUAAUGGGAAUUCAAAACGCUAGUUGUGUUUGAGCGUUUAUUACCGUGGCCUUCAAGAUAACGAUGGUUUCCUUUAUGUUUUGCUCAUCAAUUAUUAGUGUGUUUGAGAUGUACAACAGGAUGUCCCAAAAAACCCGAAAACUAUUGAAAUCACUUAUUGUUAAAAUUUGAAUGCCUUUCCAAACAGCUGAACGUAAUGAUGCGUCGGUGGCCAGUUUGUCGUUAAUUUCUUGCAAUGGAGGUUGGAUUGUUCUACAAGUCCAAUACAGCCAUUAUAUAACAAUAUUGUUACAAUGUUAUAUCAAGACUGUAUCAGACUUCUUAAAAAACCUUGUAAGAAGUCUGAUAAUACCAUCAAGCUUGUUACAAGUUGUAACAGUUUGUUUCAAACUUGUUACAACAACUGGGAACAAGCAGUACGAAUACAGCUUGUCGUCAGCUUAAUUGUGAACAGUUUGCAACAAUUUGUUUGCAGACCUGAAACAACUUGUGCGUGUAGUAGACCACUGAAAGCUUUAUCUAAUACUACGUUGAUGAAAACAUACGGAUUGUUCGUCAAGACGAUCGAACUACGCAGUGCAUUUUUUAAGGAUUCUCCAGUGGUGGGGCAAAACUGCCAAAGGGCCCAUCAAGGCCGUAGCUAGCAUUUAUAGUUGGGGUAGGCCAAAAAUUUCCGAAUGACGAAAACAAUUUCCGAAUAUUUCAUGGCAUACGAAGCCACGAAGGUGUUUGCUGUCCGGAAAAUGGAGACGCAAUUUACAAACACAUAUACGCAUAUUUUACGCACAGACAUAUUACAGUAGCAUGCAGUGCCAUAGGAAGCUCUAUUUGACUGGGGGCUGAAAACGAGUGUCGAAGGCCCGAGGAGAUUUUUAAAUUUGGGGUCUCUGAAAUGCCAUUUUCUGGACUUUCGGGGAAGUUUUGACAGAAUUCUGAUGGUCAGAAAACAGCGUAGUAUUUAGUAGUAGUAUUUAGUAGUACUAAAUGGGCGAAGGCAUAUUUAAUUAACUAUAUAUUGGAGAAGUUGCACGAAAAUAUGGGUAAUAUGAUCCUUCGCAGUUUGUCAUGGAUAAUGUAGCCGCUUAAAAUUAAUCAAUUGUCAGUAUUCUAAAGGUAUAUUAUUUAAAUGAUAAAGGUCUGCAUGAUUUUGAAAAAGAAUGAUUUAUUUUAGCAAAUUAUUGGAAAGGCUGCUGCACCCUCCCCAGGUUGCUACGGCCUCAGAAGUAAUAAAACGAAAAACACUUACCAAUUUACGAUUUGUUAAAUGUUAUCCAUGUAAAUGCCAUGAUUUCGUAAAUCAGUGUAUACUGACAAUACAAUUAUAUCAUAUUUUCUCUGUUUAACAACUAAAAUUUUGUUAUACUAUUAUUGCUGUAAUUUUCCGAAUGGCCAACCUGGUUUUCCGAAUAUGUUAACCCCUCCCCCCCCCCAAUACCCUCAUCGCUACGGCCCUGGGGCCCAUUUUCCCUGCCCUCAGUCCCCCCAGGAUAGUAUGCGAUCGCAACAGGUGGGCAAUUUGUCUGAGCAUGCGCCGAAGAAAAUCAAUAUGGCGACAUAUAUUAGGAGUGUUUCGUGAAUUUAUCUGGUUUUAAAGCUAAUAAAACAACAUUUUAAUGAACGAAAACUUUGUAAUAUUUAGUGGAAAACAUUAAGCUAUGCAUUCCAAAUGUUUUACAGUGAAAGUAAGUACUUUUGCUUUAUUUUAUUGCUUUUUAUGCUUUGAAAACAGGCAAGCUCAUUUUUUUGCAAAAAUCUAAUCUAAUAUUUUACCCAUCACUUGUUUAAUCUGAACAGAAAUAGAUAGAACACUUGGCUAUAUAAGUUACAAAGGUAUUGUUAGCUGAUCUGAAAGAUUUCAGUAUUCCUGGUACACAUUUAACAAAGAAUGAAAUGUAAUUUCAAAAAUUAAAUAUGCAUAUCAAAAACAAUACUUUUUAUUAGAACAACACAUAAUAAAAUAGGUUUUGUUUGUGGAAACACCAUGUAAAUUUAUUACUGCAAAGCUUUCGAUCCGUAAGCCCAUAUUAUUAGCACUGAUAUUAUUAUUAGCACUCAUAUUAUUAGCACUGAUGAAGAUCCGGGCUUACGGAUCGAAAGCUUUGCAGUAAUAAAUUUACGUGGUGUUUCCACAAACAAAACCUAUUAUAUUUUAUCACCAUGCAAACAUACAAAGAACUUAACACAUAAUAAGUUGUUAUUUUCUAUUUUUACCAAAACAAGUUUGCAAACGGGAUUUAGUCCUCCAGCUUGAUGUCAUAUUCCAUUUAUUUGGAUAUUUCAAAAAAGGAAUGUGAAAUAAUAAUUUAAUCUUGUGCAAAAUUUGAUACCAACACACAUGUGAACAGAUACUAUCACCUAAAAAUAAAAGAAAACAGAACAUAAAUUUAUCAUCUAAUGCUAUGGAAAAAUCUUAGACACUACAGGCAUAUAUUGAGCACAAUUCUUUAACAAACUCACUAAAAUAAGUUAAGUUAUGUUAUGAUAAGAGGAUGGCAAUAUAUAAAAAUAUCAAAUGUCGCCUUCUUCAGUGUCCAAAAAAAGUGCCGCGCGCAUUUUUCGUGGUCGCAUAACUGGUAUUACCACAAACCCAUGUGAAAAAGCAAAUUCGAAAAACCUGGUUUUGGGUGAUGAGCAUAGUCAAAUUCUUGACUUAUUCAAUUUUCUAUGUUUUUCCAGGUAAACAAAUUAAACAUUGAAAUGAGCCAAAUUCGGGACCUCGUAGAAUCCAAACUAUUGUGUAAGGACCAGAUUUUUUUCAAUUUUCUGUGAUUUACAUAACACUAGUUAUAAUUUAAGGGUCCACCAGUAUUGUUCAAGACAUAUUUUCCUUCCAGAACACCUUUUCAAAAUACAAACCCAAACAUGUCAAAAAUAGUGUAUAUUUACAAGGGCAAUUACAACCUUUGGCACAUUUUUCCCAUGAAUGAUUUUAAUUCUAAUAAAAAGACUAUAGAUAAAACUUUGAUUUAAAGCUAGUUUCAAGUGAUGAGCAUACCCUAAUUUUUAGGCUAUACCUCAAAGAAGAUGGGUCAUUUCAACAUAAACAUUGAAAUAUGGGUAUAUUGACAGCUCUGUUACACGUGUCGUUUGGCAUUAGCAGACCUUCUGAAACAUUUUAAUGAAAGUAUAAUUCACAAAGUUCACAUUUUCACUUACUUCUUAACAUCUGUUUUAAUCCAACUAGCUCCGUGGGCACGAGCAAAAUUUAGUGUUGAUGUAAAUAUCCAUUUAGUUCAUGUUUCCCCGGUGAGAAUAUAGUCUAUUCCAAAGCUGAUUUCGACGUACUUUAGCUUUUCAGAAACUGUUGGCCUUCCUCAGUAAGAUUAUCAACUGUUUCACAAAUAUAUUUGAUAGUAAACAGCUAAAAUAUUAUCCGAAAGUCUAUAUUUUUGCUCUUCGACGCGAAAAUGGCAACUCAAGAAGAAAUGAGCCGCGAUUUUUGGUCAGCGUCGACAAAUUGCCCACCUGUUUGCGAUCGCCGAAGGUGUGAGCCGAGUACCGCAGGCAAAAGUUAGCUACGGGAGUCUGGGGGCAUGCCCUCCCAGGAAAUUUUUAAAAUGUGGGUCUCUGAAAUAGCAUUUUCUGCAUUCUGAGAACACAUUUUUUUAAAAAUCUCAGCUUUUCAAAACAAAGCUCUAAUGGUCAAAUUUGUAAUAAAUUGCAUGCUAAACAUUCAAACACAACAUAAGUUUAAGUGUGCUCACCAACAAAUUUUGUUUUUUAAACGUCUUUUCAAUGUUAAACUCAUUUACUCAAUACAGGUCCUAGGGCCCUGGCUUUGGGGCAAUAGGCCAUUUUUUUUCUUCAGUGGUGGGGCAGAGGAAGGGGCCCAGUGGGGCAAAUGCCCCACCACUCCAUGGUAUUUAAAAAAUGCCUUGGAACUACGUCUAUACACGCAAGUUUGUUUAAGUGUCACGUAAAAACGCAUGCACAUGUUGUUACAUAUCUGCAAACAAGUUGUUACAAAUCUGUUCAAAAUCUGUCGAGAAGUUAUGUUUGCACUGCUUGUUCCUAGUUGUUGUAGCAAGUUUGGAACAAGCUUGUUAACAACUUGUAACAAGCUUGAUGGCAUUAUCAACCUAGUUACAAGGUUGUUCUAACACGCCUGACACAGUUAGCAUAUAACAAGAAUGUUACAGAGUUGACGACACAAGGUUGUAACACUACAAUAUUGUUAUAUCAUGACCGACUGUAUCAGACUUGUAGGAAAAACUUUCACCCUCAUGAUUUCUUUUGUGUUUUCUUCACCCAAAUUUCACAAGAGAAUAUUACCAUUCAAUGUCUGCCUGGCAGUAUCAUCCGUUUCUCAUAAAUUCAGCCAUCUUCGGGUCAUCAAUGUAAAUGUUCUUUUUAUUUUAUUUUAAUAUAGAAAACAAUUUGAAAAAAACAAAAACAUCGCGUCCCAGACAUUUGUAUAGACGACAGCAAAUUCCAUUAAACACACUACGCUAGCGGAAUAUUCUGUUCUGUAUUACUGUACCAAUUGCGG